AGUGCGGGAUACGCUCUCACUGACAGGACGGCACCGAUUGCAGCAUCUCGUAUGGAAUGAACAACCCUCAAUUUGCUCUGCCGCUACUAUAUGUGACCCUGGUAGGGGCGGUCCCGCUGGGUAAUCUCUCCUUCAAGUAUACAAGCCACGCCCAUCGUAUGGGCGUGUUCGUCUAAUCGCUUGGUGGGCGGGGCCCGGUGAGCGACCGCUGCUGCCGGGACUGAGCCUGAGAGAUACUACGUGCUGCAAGUGGCAGAGACCGGGGAUCGCUGUGCGGCGGCGGCGUCACACACACCAGCCACAAUAAUGUGACUGAGCCGAGGAGGAGCAGCUGGGUACUAGGACAGAGCCAUCAGCCCAUGGACACUGGACACCUGCUGUGAGGAACCUCGCUAUGGCUGCCCAGUCCAGCAGCUUAUACAAUGAAGAGAGGAACUUACUCCGCAUCAGAGAACAGGAGAGGCGAAAUCAAGAAGCUCUUCAAGAGAAAGACUCUUUCAUUGACAAUGCCCCUCUUUUUCCAGAACCCUACAAGACAAGCAAAGGAGAUGAGCUAUCGAGUCGUAUUCAGAGCAUGCUGGGUAAUUAUGAAGAGGUGAUUGGUGCCAAGUCCCACCAGUAUCCUUUGGGCAUUCCUAAAAGUGCUUUACCAAUGAGUUCACAUGGAAAGUCUGACAAGCAACAUUCAUUCCACAGUGGUACCAAUCGGUCUGUGGGUUCUCUAAAUUCAUCUAGCAUGUCUUUGGGCCCCCGGCACAGGCCGCGUACAGCUACAGAGCUGUCUUCUGCUGAACCUGUAAAGAGCCACACCCAAAGUCGCAUGAGCCUUCAGGAGAACACUGUUCGGAAACAGCACACUGGAACUAGGUCUGUAGAGAGAAGUGAAAAGCAAGCUCCAGAGGUUACAUCUGCUGAACAGUCAUUCUCCCCUGCAUCCAUCUCAGCCCUUUCUCCUCUUCUAUCAUCAUUGUCACCUCCAGUUGAGCCAUUGUCACCAAUACAUUCCAGCCAUCAAUUCGAUUCCAAGCUGCGUGGUGGCCAAAGCCAUGAUAAAUCUUACACCCAUGCCACCAAAUCCCCUGUUUUGACUGAUCCAGGGAACAGGGAAGGUCCUACUACUCUUGCCAACUUAGUACCUUCUGCACAAACCUUCUCAACAUAUUUGAAUUCAAAAACAAGUACAUUGCCUCCAAAGCCCACAGCAUAUGUUAGACCUAUGGAUGGUCAAGAUCAAGCACCAACUCAUUCUCCAGAUCUGAAACCACUGCAAGAGGACUUUAAUGAAGAGUCUUAUGAAAGUCAUGUAGAUCUUAAACCUAAUGCCAAGGACAAGAUUUCCAAAUUGGAAAUGCAUUCUGAACCAUUUGAGACCUUCACCAAUGAAGCCCAUUGUGUUGAAGACAUUUUGAAGGAAAUGACACAUUCAUGGCCUCCACCAUUAACAGCCAUCCACACACCAAGCACCGCUGAACCUUCCAAAUUUGCUUUUCCUGCUAAGGAAAGUCAGCACGUUCCACCUGUCAAAGUCAACCACAAACGUUAUGAUGCCUCUCCAAAGGUUUUGCCAAGCCCACAAAAGGGAUCAUCCAUGUUGGAGGAUGACCUUGACAUCAGUGAGGACAGUGAGGAAGAGGAGAUCACCGAAAAGCCGCUUUCCUCCUCUGCUCCAUCAAGUGUUGUGCUGUCUCAGGUGGACAGUGUGGCUUCAGCACAUUCCGGCAGCGUGGAAACAGAGGGAAGUGACACAGACAGCUCUUCAGACUCUGAAAGUGACAGUGGUUCCAGUGACAGUGAAGUCAAUGUUCCACGGAGAUCUCCUAGUCCAGUGCAUGAUACCUCAUCAACUGGCAUAUGGCAGUUGGGGAACUUUCUGGUCAAAGGUAACCAAUCUGCACCAUUAGCAGAGAACCAAAAUAAUGAGGAUCAUGAACAAGCAAGCCAUUGGGAGGAUAAAGAACACGAAUGUUGUUCACCACCUCCUCAUGAAUCUCCAAAGACUGUUGAGCCUCAGCAUGAAACCGCUAUUUGGACUUCUCGGGAAGACCUCCAGAACAAACCCUCCUUCUCAAAAUCCCCCAUAGCCAAUGAAACUGUUACUCCUAGGCAGACUGUUGGUAUUAAACAGCCCAGGAGACCUGUGAAGGCCUCAUUUCAAGAAGAGCCAAAGGGAGGUCUUACAGUCGAAAGCGAGCCUGCGCCAUACAGGCCAAGAGACCAGCCUUCCAAAGAGAAGCCAACUGUGAAAACGAAAGUGAAAACCAAAUCAAGUGACCAUAAGGAACCAAGUACAAGCAUUGCACAUCCCAGUGAGAAAAAGAAGCACAAGAGCUCUCACCACAGUAGUAGCUCCAAAAAGUGUCCAAGCACUCAAACAGACAGGCAUCAAAGUGCCCCUUUACUCCCACAAUCCCCCCACAAUCCAAAGGUGCAUAGUCAAAGCAAAGCCAACCACAGGACUAACCUAACUCAUCCCGCAGUUGUUGUGCGAGAAGACUGCCACAGGGACAAAGUUUUGUUGCCCAUAGGGGACAACAGAUUGCUGCCACCAGUGAGGAACAGUCAAAAAUCCCUUGCUCUUGUUGUCAAAAUAGAAUUGGCAUUGUUGUCUAGGAUCCCAAGAGGUUCUUGUAAAGUAAGCGAGUCAAAGACUAAAAAGGUGAGCAGUCAUGAACCUCACCACAAGAACAAGGAGAGGUCUGAGAAGACACAUCAACAUAAUCAUAGUAGAGAGCACACAAAGAGAAAGGUGGAAGACGGCGAGAAAAAUGGAAUACACAAAAAAAUGAAGUUGGUGAAUGACACUAAGCCCUCUUUUAAUCAUAAAGAACCAUCCUCAAAAAAGGUACCUAAAACCACUUGUGAGGAAAAUGAUAAGGAACAUCGGCAUCAGAAAGCAAUGUCUCCCACUCAGCACACACAUAAGAAAUCUGAGAAGGUGGGACAGAAGAGGCGCCCAAGUGAGACCAGCACCUGUAGCCAGCAGUCCACGCUGAGUAGCAGUACUAGUAAAAAACCAACUACUCCCAAGCAAAGGAAGGUGGAAGAAAAGAACAUGGAACAUACAAAGAGCAACAAGGGUUCUACAGAAAAUAACACAAAUCCUUUCCCAGUGCCUUCUUUGCCAAAUGGUAAUGCCAAGCCAACAAGACCUCAGCUGAAGUUUGAAGAAAAGUUACAUUCACCAGAAUAUUACAUGAAGGAGGCCAAGAAGCUAAAACACAAAGCUGAUGCCAUGGCAGAUAAAAUUGGGAAAUCAUUUAACUACUUGGAUGCGGCCAUGUUUUUCAUUGAGUGUGGUAUUGCAAUGGAAGCAGAUGUACAGGCGCCGAAGUCUGCCUACACUAUGUUUGCUGAGACCGUUGAUCUCAUUAAAUUUAUUAUGAAGUUGAAGAAUUUCUCUGAUUGCUUAGCACCUGCACAUGAGAAAGCAUUUGCAGUUUUAUGUAUGCGUUGCCAGUCCGUUCUGUAUAUGGCAAUGUUUCGCUACAAAAAAGACACUGCGUUAAAGUAUUCCCGCACUCUUGGGGAACACUUCAAGAGUUCAUCCAGAGCUGCACAAGCACCUUCCCCGUGUGUCGCUAGAAGUACUGGUACUCCUUCACCUCUGUCCCCAACGCCUUCUCCUGCCAGCUCUGGGGGAUCUCAGCCAGGAUCCAGUGCCAGCAACAGCGGGACCCAGAGCUCUUCAGUUACCAUCCCCCAAAUGAUACAUCACAUAGCAUCAUCUUAUGUCAAUAUCACCUCCUACUUCCUCUAUGCAUAUGACAUAUGGGAACAAGCUGAUUUACUGGCAAAGAAAAAUAAAGAUUUCUUUGCAGACCUCAGUGCAAUGAUUUGCCCCCUGGCUUUGAACAGCACUAUGACUGAACUGGUGCACUACACCAGGCAGGGUUUACAGUGGCUGAGACUGGAAUCAAGUAUGACCUAAAUUGUGCUGGAGGGCACUUGCCCCUGAACUAUUUUGCACUUUGAAAGCCUGGCAGUUUGUUACAUGAAUUCUAGGAAUGAAAGUAUAUGGCUCCUGGGAUCUGGUAUGACUGGAGCCUGCUGGAGAUUUCCAAACACGGCAGGCAAUCAGCCUCAGCUUGGAGGAGGAGGCUUUGGAAAAAAUGAUGCCUUUCUAAGUUUCUCAUGGGGAUAAUAAAAAGUGCAAUGUGGUAUUGAAGGUCGGACACAUCAGUGGUCUUUAAACAUUUCUUAACAAAACCAGCAUGAGAGUGGUGUCUUCUGGGAGAUUGUCAGCCUGAACCUAUCACAUUAUGACUCAUGUGAAACGCAGGCCACUACAGAACAACUGGAAAUAAGACAGACUUACUACACCAGCCGGCUCUCUCCUAUCCGCAAAUCUGAAUAGUUGGAAAAGAAAGUGAUUGUGCCCCCCCUUUCCCUCCAGUAACGCUGAUUUACAUAGUAUAUCUUGCUAUAAAUCUGGGAUUUACAUAUGACAGGGCAACUCUAAAUACAGGACUUUAUGCCUUAAUCGAGAUACUAAGUGUCCUACUGAUUCUGUCAGGUCUUAUUCUCAAAUAAAACAAAAUACAAAAAAUAUAACUCUUGAGCACAAAGUAGCAGAAUGUUUCCCUUCUGGUUAUAGUGUUCUCUAAGGAAGUAGGACACAGGAUGAAUUCUGCCUUAAUAUAAAAGAGAUGGUAAAACUGCAUUUUGGCUGUGAUUGAAUACUGCCAUCAGUUAUGAUAUAUAAACUCCUGCAAUUACUGCCAUGCUUUUAAAUCAGAGGGAAUAAACCUUAAUCCUAAUUGUGUGAUUUACUAUUUGCAACACCCAUUGCCAAAUGAAUGAUGCAUCAACCAAAAUGGCAGCCCUUCCAUGUUACCACUAUAGAUUAUACAGCAAGGUUCUGAUAGGGCCUGUCAGCGUCCCAUGUAAUGUAAUAGGUAUGAUUUUCAGUUGGUCAUUGAUAGAAUUGAAUGGUCACAAUUUCUUGCUGCUAAACAUUAUUGUCAGGAACACUAAAAUCCAUAGCUACAGAACACAAAGGUUUACCACUUGUGUAUUCUACCUUUAUGGAUCCAUCCUUUUCCUUGCUGACCUAUAAUGGGCAAUAUCUAGCUAUGGUCAUAUGUAUUAUUAUACAAUAAAAGCACUUAAUAAAAUGACAACACAUACUCCCCCAGGUGAUUGCACUGAGUGACCAAACUUUUCUUUGAAGUAAAUGUAUUUAGCCUGGUGAUUCCUCUCUGGCUUGUAUAGUGUCAUAAACUACAUACCACAAUCUAGCUGUGUAGCGUAUGUGGUCAGUGAAUACAUGUUGGUAAUGACCUUUGCUCAGAUGGAAGACUCACUGUUUCUUUUUAGGCUGAAUUGGUUUAAUUUCUAAAUACACUGGGAAUUCACAAUAGGUUAUCAUUUGGUAGUGAAUAUAGUAGAUGUCAUUUGGUUCAUUUUUGUUAAGUGAAUACAGUCAUACUUUCCAAAUGCAGCUAACAGGCGAAAUUAGUGAAAUUGUAUGGAGUUAUUAUAAUUUAUGUUCCUCUUAGACUAGUGGUAAGGAAACGGAUUGGAAAUAGCAUAGUUGUACACUUCUACAUCAUUCGGAAUGCGAGUGCAUGUUUCGUGGUAGAGCGUUACUUGCUAUGGGAGUCUGCUGUGGGCUGGUGCCUUCAGGUAGCGCUUUUAUGGUUUAAUAGUUCUCAUUUUUAAUGUAUUUACCUAAGUACUGUGACAGAUUCCAUAAAUAUACCAUUUUUAUAUUCUUUUCUCCUUGUGUAGCAAUUACUACUUUAUAUCACCAGCAGGUCUUAUACCAUGGCUCGUACAAGCUAUUGUGAAUGGUGUGUGUAUUAUGCUACUGUGAUCAUAACCUACAGAUACAGCUGUUAUGGUGUGACAUUCAGGUGGUGCUUUCUCCACAUCACAAUUAUAGCUAUUUAUAACACCAUUUAUAUAUUCCUUUACAAAUGCUAGUUUGCUAUAUAGCCACAGUAGGUUUGGCUCAUCAAGGAAUUGCAUGAUGCUUUACCACUAUUUGCAUUGAAGAGUAAUAGAUGCUCUAUAUGAUCAUCGUUCACCAUCAGUUCUUCGCUGCAAUAUGUAUGGGCCUCUGUUUGAUUAGGAAAUGCCAUAUAUACCUGCAUGGGGUGUGGAACAUUUACGCAGUUCGGCGUUUCGUCUGCAGCAUCAUUCAGAAGUAACUUCUGUAUAAAUGAUGGUUAUUGACAAGUUAUAAGCAAGAUUACAGUGGAACACGUAAAAUUUUUGAGUGCUUUGUACAUCCUAGUUAAGAGCGCUUGUCAGGGAUGAAACUAAGUCAGCAAGGCCGUUCCAAUCUUCUAACAGAUUGCUCCAGUUUCGUAUGGUAGCAUAAUUACUUUAAAAUCAUUCCUAACUACAUUCAGGUUUCUCAGGACAAACACUAAUUAGCUAUUUAAUACAUAAAACAGUCAAGGGCAUUUGGAAGACGUGGUUAAGGUGCAUUCUAGAGAAAUAGAGAGAACAUUUAGUACUGCGCCAACAGUCUUAUUGUUUUGUUGAUAGAUGAUUUGCGUUGGUUAGUUUAUUUGUUUUUAGUUUGAGCAAACAUUUUUGACAGUAUUUAGCAGAAAUCUGUUGUCCUUGGGUAAACUACCGAGGCAGACAUAUAACAUUGGCUGUAACUAAUAGGUAACUGAUUGAUUAAACCAGUGAUAGUUAACACUGAAGCAAAUCAGAACCCUUCCACCAUUAAGACAACCUGCAAGUAGGAGAUACUGUUAAGCUCUGGUAUGUGUUAGGCUCAUAGUAAGAACCCGAGAGCCUAGAGUAUGACCCUAUAUGUAGAUUGUGUGCCCAUUGUUAGGUUUGAGCAUAGCUGCUUAUUUUUCUUUUAUUUGUGCACAAGGUGUGCUUGCUGGUGAAACUUAAAUAUAGUUGCACGCUCAUAAUGUGUGCUGUUACUCAAGUGGCCACUGAUUUUAAGUUUGAACCACCAUUUAUUGUUCUGAGUGUUAUGAGCUGUCAUUUUAUGCUACUAUAUAUCAUACUUGAUCAGCAGAAAUCUAUUCUUGUACAUUUAUACCGUUCUAAGUGCCAUGUGAUUUGCCCAUUUAGUCCUCACUCCAGGUCUAGAGCAGCCGCUGCACAGUGAGCUGCUUAUUUUGUUACAAAUGAACUAUAGUAGUUCUAACUUAAAUAUGUUUCCAGUAUUGGAAACACAAUAGGUAACUAUAAAACUAUGCAGAUUAUCACCAUUGCUUAUAAGGUUUACAACAUUUUUAGUUUAUACCACAAAUAUAUUGUUAAACUGUAUUUCGUCUCAUUGCCCUGGAUACAGUUUCUCAUUGAUGUUUAUUUCAAUAUUUUAAGUUGUAGUUUGGGGGGAAAUACCAGACUGGCCAACUUUAUACAUUAACGCUACAUAUGCACUGGGAAAAUCUACUAGCUCAGUUAUGCAUUUUACACGCUCUCUUACCAAUACAAUGUAUUGUACUGUGACAAAUUGGUUUUGCUGCGUUCUAAAAUUUGAAGGAAUACAGAAAACGUGUCUGAUAAAAGGCAAAAUCAUGGGCAAACUUUCUGCAUCAAAUAGUUGUGCCUUUGGGGAUGUCUUUUCUUUCUUUCAAAAAACAAAAUUUUUCCUUAUGAAUUUUUUUCCUUUUUUCACAUACCAAUCAGUUUAAUUUUUCCAUAUUCUGAAACCAUACAUCAGUUGUUGAGAGAAGGGUUCUACCAUUACUGUGUGAUGCAUCAUUUGAAAACUAUCAGCACAUCUGUAAAAUUUGCGACCUGCAGGUGGCACUGUUCCACUGCCAAGAUGCUUCUAUAGCAACGAAUUUGUGGCAGUGACAUCUGUAGGCUAAAAAAAGGUACUACAUGCUAUUAAUAAUAAUGUUACUAACUAGACUAUAUAACAUCAGUUAUAUAAUAUGCAUUACCUUUUUAAAAAUCUGUAAAACAGCCUCACUACACAUUACUUCAAGCAUCAUAGCAUAUUUGUCCCCCAAUUGUGGAUGUAAGUUGAUUAUUUUACAUUGUUUUUAUUUAUGAUAAUGCUAUAUGUAAUACAUUAAAUUUCUUCACCUUUAAUUUCUCUUAUACCAAAGCUGAUGCUGAACUACAAUUCCCAUGAUGUGAAGGCAGCUGAACGUUAUGGGGCAGAUUUAACAAUGAGUGAUAUUCUUAUCACUUGUUACAAAUGUUAAAUGGUGCUCCCACCAAUCGGCUCCUGUCAUUUUUCAAACAUAUGACAGCUAGGAGCUGAUUGGCUGGAGCACCAUUUAAACUACGUAACGGGUAAUAAGAAUAUCACUCGUUGUUAAAACUGCCCCUAAACAUCCAUGACUUACAGACUCACAUUAUAUGGUUAAUGCUAUUUUUCAGUUCAUUAGUCAAAUCUAACUUGAUGGCAUCUAUUCAAUAAAUGAUCUCCUAAUUAAAAAAUAGAACAGCCCACUCACUCCUUUAUGUCAUAAUAAUUUGUGUAUUAAUAUGUGCAAUGGGAAGAUGUGCAAAUGAAACAUUAAUGGAGGUAAUUGGUGUAUUUUUAACUACUUCUGGAAUAAGUCUGCAUUUUGGGGCUUCUGUGAAUACUAUAGCUGCCUUGUACAGUUCUUUCAGGCAAGAGACUAAACAGAUCUGUGAUUUUGUUUAUUAUGUUAUCUUUUAUUUAAAGAAUAAAGUCUAUGCGAUAUCUCUUUCCAAAGAAGCUGUGCCACUCCUCUAUUUUGUUAAUUAUGCUGACUAUGAGAAUAAUUUGCUGUAAAGAACAGAUGAACUUUAAAUGAUUUAUUCUUUCUUUUUGGCAAAAUAUGUCUGGAAUUAAGCUGUAAAUAAAAUAUCAAAUACA